AUGGCCGAGCUCAAGUCGCUGGGCGGCGAGGCGUACCUGGCGCUGGCCCCGGGCUACGGCCCGUCGGCUUUCGCCUACGGGGCGGUGCGCGGCGGUGCCGAGGGCCCGCGGGGGGCCUACGCGGGUAGCGGCGGAGGAGGAGGCGGCGGCGGGUCAGACUUCCACCCCGGGGCGUUGGGCAAGUCGGCGGAGAGUAGCGGCGAGCAGAGCGGCGACGAGGAGGACGGCUUCGAGGCCGGAGUGAAGGGCGGCGCGGCCUUCGAGCGAGAGGGCAAGCUGAAGGGGGGAGGCCUGGGCAAGAAGCCCAAGGAGCAGCGCUCGCUUCGCCUCAGCAUCAACGCGCGGGAGCGGCGGAGGAUGCACGACCUGAACGACGCCCUGGACGGGCUGCGCUCCGUCAUCCCUUACGCCCACAGCCCCUCGGUGCGGAAACUCUCCAAAAUCGCCACCCUGCUCCUGGCCAAGAACUACAUCCUCAUGCAGGCGCAGGCCCUGGAGGAGAUGAGGCGGCUGGUGGCCUACCUGAACCAGGGCCAGACGCUCAGCACCCCGCUGCCCGCCACCCUCAACCCCUUCGGACAGUCGGCCGUCUACCCCUUCGGCGGCGCGGCCUUGCCCGGCUGCCCCGAGAAAUGCACUGCCUUCACAGGAGCCGCCUCCGCCCUCUGCAAACACUGUAAUGACAAGCCUUGACUUCUGGCUGCUUCUUCGGGCUUUUUGGGUUUCUUUUCUUCUGUUUUUUUGAUUAUUUUUUUUCUGUGCACUUUUUCUUUCCACUACCAUCAGCCCUGGCUUCCUACCAUCAGUUAAGUCUGGGU